AUGACUUUAGAAAGUGACACCGCAGAAUACAUGCUUUUCGUGUGCGAUGAUGGUCAGGACGGGGUUGCGGCCGCCUCAAAGCCUUUGGAAAGACUGGAUAAGCUUCGCAAAGCAGCUCUCCGGCUGUCCGAGCCCUUGACAGAGGACUACAUCUGGCAACGAGACGGAUUUGACCUUCGGGUAGUUAGUCGAAAGGGCCUACUGUACCUCAAUGGACGGACAAGCUUCGGCGAUUGUGUCGAGGAUGAGUGGUUCAUCGUAUAUAUGCUGCGCGAGCUGACUAAGUCGUUCCCUGGUGCCUGGGCCCGGAUAUGUGACAGCGAUGGCGAGUUUUUACUCGUUGAGGGUGCCAGAGCUGUUCCAUCCUGGCUCAACCCAGAGAUCGAUGCGAACCGGAUAUGGAUCCAUAAUGGUAUGCUCAAGAUCAUCCCCUGUGGCGCUGGCCGGACCACAGAAAAGGUCUCUGUAGCCGCUUCCGAUCAAACGAUCCUUUCACUGGAGAGUGCGGUUUCAAUUAUCAGAAACGCGCCCGAUACUUUGAAACAUUUACCUGCUCUUGAUGACGAGGUCUUUCACCGACUGCGAAAAUAUCCCGACUACCUUACUACCUCAGUUCACUAUGCGCGGCUUGUUCUUCCCCGCAAAAUUGCUUACAUCUUGCAUGACCGACCGCGAGCUGUUGCUCCAGCUGUAGAGGCUUUCGUCUCUCGUGACCCGCUUACAACUAAGCGCAUGCUCGACCUGGCCUGUUCAGAAACCCAUUUGCAGUUUCCCCCGUCUGACCUGGUUUUUACCAGCGUCAGAUUUACGAGAGUGAUGUACGCUCAGUUGAGAGGUCAGCGAUUUACACCACCAAAUGGCUGGCCGGCAUUGUUCGGCCCCGUCGCCGAAGCAGUAUAUUUUCCGAAAUGCAACAUAACCAUCGGCGAAGAGGAUAUAGCGUUGCGAGAAAAGUCGGAUGUCACCAAAGAGCUGAGCAUGAAGCUCACGUUUGGGUUCGAAAUAAUGGUUGCAGCGUUGGAGACAAGUAACAGCCGCGUUGUGCGCGAAGUUGGGUUAGUUCUUGAGGAUCUUGCCGAGGAAGGAGAUUACAGACCAGUUCUGCCAAGUAACGAGGAGAUUCGUGCUUGGAAGAAUGUCGACCGCGAAAGUGACGAAGCCUGGCUCAAUAUCAAAUUUGAGGACUUUGAGCGAGAGCUGGGUGGAGGUGGCCAGGAGCAACCAACAUCACCUCCUACGACAAAACAUAUGACAGAGAGGGGCCCGGAACGUGACGGUGCCUUUGGAUUUGGGGAUGCUCAGUUGCAGACUGAUCUCCGAAGAGUCGUCUCGCAAUUUCAUUCCUUUGUGAAUGAUGAUGCUGCUGGCAUUGACGGCGCAGUUGUUGAUAACAUGGACAGAGACGACGAGGACGAUACUGUCAACGACAUGAGCGGAGAGAGUAGCGAUGAGGAGGACGACGGAGUCGCCUUCGACGAAAUGGACUUUUCACGUCUUAUGAGGCAAAUGAUGGGAUUUCCACCAUCCAACACUGCGACAAGAACGGAUACAACGAUACAAGAAAAUGCAAAAACAGAACGCAUAGAUGGCACUGACGAGGUAAUUCUGACACCCCGCAGGCCAGCUGCGGAUAUAGGGCAUGGUGUCGAUGGAGGUGAAGACGUCCCAAGACUCGCUGCCCAGUUUGAAGCCGAACUAAAAGGCCACGGCGCUUUAAGACUUAAUCCACCUAAAAGCGGAAUGGCUGCCAAAGGGCAUGGGACCAAGGAUCCUGCUCUUGGUGGUGCGUCCAACAGUCCCAUUUUAUAUGUCGACUCAGAAAGCGACGACGAAGGGAAUGUGGACGUGGAUUUCAACCUGGCCAAGAAUCUCCUAGAGAGCUUCAGAGGCCAAGAAGGCAUGUCUGGACCAACCGGCAACAUACUGAGUAUGUUGGGAUUAGCUCUCCCUCGAGACAAGGAUAACGACACAGAUGGCAGUUAA